UUGUUAUGUAGUAAGCUACUGUUUAAUUAAUUUUAUUUCUGUUUUAAUGACGGUUCGUUGUAUUGAAAGAUAAACAAAAGUUUGUUUUAUUUAGGCUUAGCUGGCUAACCAAUAAUAAGUUAAAUUGUAGUUUUAUUUAUUGGAGUUUAACAUCCACACUUUUUAAGUAGCAUUGUUAAAUUUAUUUUAUCCUUGGCCUGUCAUUUUGCUACUGCUGUCAUUUUGCUAUUUUUUCAUCUUUUUAACAAACUAAUUAAAGUUAUAAAUUUUGUUACAGUGUUGUUUAUAGAUGUAAGACAGAAUGGGCACUUAAUACUAAUGAAACAAUAUUAACGAUAAAUCUUGAAAAAUAUGCAACUUAAUAGAAAUAUUAAAUAAAACAUGAAUUGCUUAAAUCAAGCUAUUGCAGAACAGAGAAUACACCAGGUCCGUCUUCUGCUGUCACUCAAUGUGAAUCCAGAGUUCCGAGAUCGGAAAGAUCACAACAGGACUCCAUUUAUUAAAGCAGCUUGUCUGUCUUGUCAAGAUUCUGGAUAUAAGAUAGCCAGGAUUUUAAUAAAAGUUGGUGUAAAUAUGAACGCAUGUGAUUCAAACGACAGAACUGCUUUACAUUACGCAUGUGAGGGUGGGAAAUGUAGCUUGGUGAAACUUUUACUCAAUGAAGAUGCAAUUGAACUUAAUAGACAGGACAAGCAAGGGCACACUCCACUCAUGCUAGCUGCUAUGAAUGGUCAUCUAAGAGCAUCUCGCAUGACAGUGUUGAGGUUGGUUAAGUUUGAUGUUGAUAUUGACAUUCGGGACAAGAAAGGUUACACCUCCCUUCUACUUGCAAUCAAAGCUCAGAAUUAUGAAAUCGCAAACGACCUGGUCAGGUAUGGAAACGCAUGCGCCACAAUAAGAGAUGGGGAGAAGUUUAGAAACGCAAUGGAUUGGUUAAAGCUGGGGUUGGUGGAAAGGAUGAAAAGAAUGGGAGUCAAGAAAAGUGAAGCAAGCAGUAGCAAUGAAAAUGAGCCUACCAAGCAAACCACGAUUGAGAUUCCGUUAUUUACCGUCACCGGCUCCGAAAAUGACGCCACAGAAGCCCUCACAAAGCCUGGAACGCCGAUAAAAGAUGUCACCGCCAUUUCUGGGUUUCUGUUCGAACCAGACCCAUAUGGACACCACAGUAGGCCUCCAUCGAGCGUAGUGUCGAAAUUUAGUCUUGCUUCAACACAGAUUUCCACAUCGAUUGAUGAUGGCCAAGGAUUCCCGGCAAAGGAUCGGCCAUCAACCGGCGUGAGUUUAGCUAGUUUCGUUCCAAAUCCAUCAGAAAUCAUACCGGAAGAGGGCGCAACAGAGCAAAAAUAUGCGAAACCUCGAAACUCGGCUCAAAGAUCUAGAAUUGGGACCGGAAUGGCAAAAAAGAAGCUGCCAAGCGCGAAAGCUCAGUCGGCUAAGAAUAAAAUAGUCCUAGCAAACAUAAACGUACCUUUCAGCGAAGAAGAGCCGUCACAAUUUCGCAACAGAAACAGAUUCACGUUCGUAAUGCCUCCAGAAACCCCCUAUACUGAUACCUCUAGGAACAACCUGCACACAAUACAACAACUUAAACAAAUACUACAAGACCAACGUAAAAGAAAAGUAACUCGCUCAAGCACAGCUCUUAUGAGGCCUUAUACAGCCGGUGCUUCACCUUCUAAACCAACCCCCACCAAUGUAUCUCUCCCUACACGACCCCACACCCGCGCUCAAGGUCAAGGCGCCCCAUUUCGUAAACUAAAGAACGAAAAGUUCUCGAAAGGGGGAACUUCCUCUUUACUCACCAAGACUAAUUUACAACAUUCACAGUCUAUGACGUCAUUGAAUACAUUGUUGACGAGGUCUGACGUAUCAUAUGAGCCAACGACUAAUUAUAAACAAGCAAGUGCCAUCGAGCAAGCCAACAAGAAACUUAAGGACUUUGUUCUCUCUCUACACCGACAGUUUCCUGUAGGUCUCCUCCCAAACGCACCGGACUAAAUCAUUUACCUUUAGGUUGUUGGUGCUGGUAGCGACAAGCCGUCUCUCAAUUCUGACCAAACCACUUCCAUGAGCGACCUUGCCAGCAUUGUUGAGCGAUCAUCCAUUGCACCGAGUGAGGCAACAAGCCAUAGACCAACUACAGGGAAACCUGGCCCACCUCGGGCGCGUCUUACAAGUGGGGCACGAUCAAUGAGGAUGGGGUCUGCAAGCGGGAGGAGUUUGGGAAGCGCGUCCUCGUUUGCUCGCUGAGUUUGUUAGGAUAAAUAAUGUUAAGAGGAUAAGUAUUACAUAUAUAGCAGGGUGGGGAAGAUGGGACACUUGUUCCUUCUAUUUUCUCGUCCCAUUUGGUGGUAAACAAAGAAUAUUUAAAGAAUUAUAAAACCGUAUUCUUACGACCGCUAUAGACUGUUGGUAAUUGUUUAUUAAAACACGAUCAGGAAUUAGAUAUUAUGUGCUAAAGGUGUCCCAUCGUCCCUCACUCUACUAUAUGGUAGGUUUUGGGGUAAGAUGGUAAAAAUACAAUUACAGUGUUAUCUGAAUUAACUUACAGCUCCGGAAAGAUCAGGAUUGUGAUAA